CGUGGGAGGUGGGUGGCGACUGUGGAUACGCGUUGCUUACGUGAAGAAAAGGAAUUUUCGCCAGUGCAGUGAUAUGAGAUCAGUGAUUGACGUGUGCGCCUAACGAACGAAGACCUUGUGUGCAAGCAUGCAAACAAAUGUAAAAGUGGGUAUUACGGCGUUCGUCGGAGUGACAAUUUUAAUAUUUGGCUGCGUACUCGGCUGGUAUGGAUUCCCAGUCAUUAUCGACAAUAUGCUAGAAGAGAGUAUGGUGCUGACGCCGACGUCGGCCAGCUUCGAGCCGUGGCGGGCGCCCACGGACAAGGUCAGCGUGUACAUGCAGUUCAUCAUGUUCAACGUGACGAACGCCGAGGAGGUGCGCACGGCGGGCGCCAAGCCGCAGCUGCAGGAGGUCGGCCCGUUCUCCUACAGGGAGAGCCGACAGCGAGGGAACCUCAGCUGGUCGGCGGACGGCACGGAGCUCACGUACUCGGAGCAGAUCACGUACGUGUUCGACGCGGAGAGUUCGGCGGCCAACGUCAGCCAAGACACGGCCAUCACCACCAUCAACGCGCCGGUGCUGAUGCUGCAGCAGCUGGUGGAGGCGAUGCCGCUGGCGGCGCUGCUGCGGCCGCUCGUCUCGGCCGCGAUGGGCCCGCUGCUGGAGCAGCCGUUCGUCUCUGUGCCGGUGCGCGAGCUGUUGUUCGAAGGCUCACCGGUGCCGGCGCUGCGCCGCCUGCUGGCGCUGCCCGGCUCGGGCGCCAUCCUGGACGGCCUGUGCGGCCGCGGCCUCUGCGGCAGCCCGCAGGACCUGCGCCGCCUCCAGGCCGGUCGCUUCCCCUCCAUGAUGUACAAUAACUCUUGGGACGGCCCGUACAAGAUUCGGACGGGCAAGGGCGACAUCGAGCACUUCACCUACAUCCAGUCGUACAAGGGCAGCAGCAGCCUGGACUACUGGGGCACGCCCUUCUGUAACAUGCUGAACGGCACGGACGGCAUCACCUACCCCCCGCACAUGGAGCGCAGCGACAGAAUGUACAUCUUCAACAAGGACCUCUGCAGGUCCAUCUACCUGGACUACGAGCGCGAUGUGGAGUACUUUGGCAUCAGUGGGCGGCGAUACGUGCCGGAGCGCGCCGUGCUGGAGGACCCGGCCGUCAACGUUGACAACCGCUGCUUCUGCACGCCACCGGGGCAGUGCCUCAAGGCCGGAGCCAUGAGCCUCAGCCCCUGCCAGUUCGGUGCACCGAUCGUCGCCUCUACGCCGCACUUCUUCAACGGUGACCCCGAGUACGUCAACAGCGUGGUCGGGUUGGCGCCGGAUAAGCUGCACCACGAGACGUUCAUCGACAUUGAGCCGCUGACGGGACUGGCUCUGAACGGCGGCAAGAAGAUCCAGAUCAACAUCGACCUGGCCCGCUUCGACGGCCUGUCCAGCCUGGGCCGGCUGCCACGCAUCCUCUUCCCCGUCAUGUACACCAACGAGACGGCGCGAAUCGAC